AGGGGGAAAAUAUUGUUCCUCUUGGCAAAGCGUCCGCGUCACGUGUGUGUGUGUGCAGCUCUGCCCUCCGCGCUGUGCCAUGUGGAUGUGCGCGAGAUGGGGGAAUUCGGACGCGGGCUCCGGGCGGGCGCGCGGCGCGGGCGGCGCUCGGCGGCUCCAUGAGCGCGGUUUGUGUGAUUUUGCUAAAAUGCAUCACCAACAGCGAAUGGCUGCCUUAGGGACGGACAAAGAACUGAGUGAUUUACUGGAUUUCAGUGCGAUGUUUUCACCUCCCGUGAGCAGUGGGAAAAAUGGACCAACUUCCUUGGCGAGUGGACAUUUUACUGGCUCAAAUGUAGAAGACAGAACUAGCUCAGGGUCCUGGGGGAAUGCAGGACAUCCUAGUCCAUCCAGGAACUAUGGAGAUGGGACUCACUAUGAUCAUAUGGCGAGCAGAGACCUCGGGUCACAUGACAAUCUCUCUCCUCCAUUUGUCAAUUCCAGAAUACAAAGUAAAACAGAAAGGGGAUCAUACUCAUCGUACGGAAGAGACUCGAGUUUGCAGGGUUGCCACCAGCAAAGUCUCCUGGCCGGGGAGAUGGACAUCGGCAACCCCGGGGCGCUGUCCCCCAGCAAGCCGGGCUCCCAGUACUACCAGUACUCCAGCAAUAACCCGCGCCGCCGGCCGCUGCACAGCACCUCCAUGGAAGUUCAGACAAAGAAAGUUCGGAAAGUUCCUCCGGGGUUGCCGUCCUCAGCAGGAAAGCGUUCGUACGAGGAAACAGAUUGCUUUGAACAUGUGCUUCCUGUGACAGUAAAAAGAACAAAUUAGAUUUAGCGCUGCGUAGCGAAUGCACAACCGCGUGCUUUUGGGCGUUCCGAAGCCGGGCGCUCGGUUCUGGCCCCAAGAGAAGCCGGCUGGGCCCCGCCGCGGUGCGGCUGACGAUGUCUGUUGUCCGAGCGGGGAGGACGAAGGAAGCGGCGAGAGCUCGGC